UCGCACCUCAUUCAAUAUCAAAAGCGAUGAUGGCAGCUUCAUUAUGUCAAAAGCAAUGCUUGUUUGCUCUCUUCAUUUUGGCUUUCUGGAUUAAUCAAGUUAUCCCUCGUCAACUUCAACAAUCACUACUAGCCAUGUCCAAGAGACAUGAACAGUGGAUGGCAAAACAUGGAAAGGUUUAUGAAGAUGCUGAGGAGCAUCAAAAACGCUUUCGAAUAUUCAAAGAAAAUGUUGAGUUUAUAGAGUCCUUCAAUGCUGCUGGGGAUAGAUCCUAUAAUCUAAGUAUUAACCAAUUCGCAGACCUAACCCGUGAAGAGUUUAAAAAAUUAUAUCUUGGGUAUAAGCCUUCUCAUCAAACAGGUUCAAGAAAUGUGACAUCCUUUAAAUAUGAAAGCAUGAUUGGUGUCCCUGAUUCAGUGGACUGGAGAGCAAGAGGAGCCGUUACAUCUGUGAAGUCUCAAGGCAGUUGUGGAGGUUGUUGGGCUUUCUCAGCAGUGGCAGCCGUUGAGUCAAUGCACCUGAUAAAUAAACAUGUACCACUGGAUUUAUCGGAGCAGCAGCUUUUGGAUUGUGACCCUUUGUCGCAUGGUUGUGGGGGUGGUUUAAUGCGAGAUGCAUUUGAGUAUAUAAUAGCCAAUGGUGGCAUAACCAGUGAAAAAAAUUACCCCUUCGUCGAACAUACGCAGUACCCUUGUAAUAAAGCAAGUGCAGGUUAUACUGAGGUUAAACUCAGCGGCUACCAAAAUGUUCCCAUCUAUUCCGAGGAAUCCCUGAUGAGGGCAGUGGCCAAGCAGCCAGUAUCUGUUGCUAUUGAAGCAUCUACAGAUAACUUUAGAUUCUACAGAGAUGGUAUUUUUAAAAAAGAUUGUGGAUCAGUGCUAAAUCAUGCUGUAUUGGCAGUUGGUUAUGUGUGGAGAAUAACUUUAGUGAAGGGAGUAUUGAAGGAUCAUGGCUUGAUGAUGGAAGUCUUGAGCUCCAUGCAAGGUGCGGCCAUGGAGGAAAAUGAGAAUUCACUUUCGGCAAGGCAUAAAUCCCUCACGCCACACCCUUUUCGCCCACCGAUACCUAACUUCCCCUCUAUCUCUUUUAUUUUCUUCUUUCCUACACCAUUCCCACCAUCGUCGACCACCACCAUAGAAAUCCCUUCCCCUCAAAGCUCUCCUCUCCAAGUCAUGCCCCUAGCAAUGCAAGCCCCUAAUCCCGAUUCUCCUCCACAACAAACCCCUCCACCUCCUCCUACAUCCACCUAUAAAAGGAGAAUCCGGUCUAAAUCAACCCGACCCAUGGCCUUUGCACCACCUCUCGCAAAACGAAAAGACCCACCUGCUACUCCACUUUCAGAGCCUACACCCAAAAACCCCAGAACUUCAGCUUCCACAUGA